AUGGAAGCGCUCAUCGUUCUGAUCGUCGGCGCAGGCCCGGCAGGCUUGGCCACAGCGGCGUGCCUCAGCCAACACUCCAUCCCCUAUCUCGUUGUCGAGCGUGAGGAUUGCAGUGCGUCGCUGUGGCGCAACCGCACCUACGAUCGCCUCAAGCUUCACCUGGCCAAGGAGUUCUGCGAGUUCCCAUUCAUGCCAUACCCGGACGACGCCCCGACCUACAUUCCGAAGGAGGAGUUUGUCAGGCACUUGGACCGCUACGCCGAGCAUUUUGACAUUCAGCCCAGGUACUCCACUGUUGUUGAGUCAGCAGCAUACGAUGAGGGAAGCAGCCAAUGGGUCAUCGCCGCACGCGACACGUUUGCAGGCGCAGAAACCCUGUACGCGGUGAAGUUCCUGGUCGUGGCAACCGGUGAGAAUGGAGCUGCGAGCGUUCCGGUGAUCUCCGGGAUGGAAAGCUUUGCAGGAGAGGCCAUUCACUCGUCGAACUACAAGUCAGCAAGCAGGUAUGCUGGGCAGAGGGUGCUCGUGGUUGGUUCUGGCAACUCCGGAAUGGAGAUUGCCUAUGAUCUUGCAAGCAAUGGUGCUGAUGCCUCCAUAGUUGUCCGCAGUCCGGUACACAUAAUGACAAAAGAACUGAUACGUUUGGGAAUGACCUUAGUCCAAUAUAUGCCAGCUACCAUUGUGGAUACUCUUCUUGUGAUGACAGCCAAUUUCAUAUUUGGAGACCUAUCAAAGCAAGGCAUUGUGAGGCCUAAAAUAGGCCCUAUCCUCCUCAAGUACAAAACUGGUAAAUCUGCUGUAGUUGAUGUCGGGACAGCAGGAUUAAUCAAGAAAGGCAUCAUUAAAGUGUUUAGGGGAAUAUCCAAGAUCAUCGGAAACAAAGUCGAAUUCGAAGAUGGGAAGGAGAGACCCUUUGAUGCCAUUGUGUUUGCAACAGGCUACAAAAGCACUGCGAAUAAAUGGCUUAAGGACAACAACUGCAUGUUGAAUAAUGAUGGUUUUCCAAAGAAAGAUUAUCCCAAUCAUUGGAAAGGUGAAAAUGGGCUCUAUUGUGCUGGUUUAUCGAGGAGAGGAUUGUCUGGUAUUGCCAUGGAUGCUAAGAAUAUUGCCAACGACAUCCGUUCUACUGCAGGCUCUGUAACUGGUUAA